AUGGUAUUAGCAGACUUAGGAAAGAAAAUAAAUGCUGCAUUUGCUGAUCUACAACGAACACCACUCAUCGAUGAAAAGGCGGUCGAUAGCUUACUCAAAGGUCUCGCUACUGCUCUGCUAGGAUCUGAUGUUAAUGUUGGAUUAGUUUCAAACUUACGAAAUCGAGUUAAAUCUAAAGUCACACCUCAACUCGAAAAACUUAUUUCCUCUCCUGCAAAACAAAAACAAUUAGUCCAAAAGACGGUUUAUGAUGAACUAGUAGCACUCGUUAAUCCAACAGCUGCUUCUUCAGAUGCGACUUCCUCUAGCUCACUUGCUCUACCUUGGCAGCCGAAGAAAGGAAAACCAAAUGUGAUUAUGUUUGUAGGGUUACAAGGAAGUGGAAAAACUACAAGUUGCACAAAAUUAGCUGUAUAUUAUCAACGAAAAGGUUUUAGAACUGCUUUAGUCUGUGCCGAUACUUUUAGAGCUGGUGCAUUUGAUCAACUUAAACAGAAUGCAGCUAGAGCAAAGGUUCCUUUCUUUGGAUCACAUACCGAAACAGAUCCGAUUCGUAUUUCAGCAGCUGGUGUUACAAAAUUCAAACGCGAACGAUUUGAAGUCAUCAUUGUGGAUACUUCUGGUCGACAUCGUCAAGAAACCGAAUUAUUCGAAGAAAUGAAACAGAUCUCAUCAGCCGUUCAGCCUAAUUUGACAAUAAUGGUUCUUGAUGGAGCGAUCGGCCAAGCCGCAGAGGCCCAAACCCGAGCAUUCAAAGAAGCGGCGGGAUUUGGUGCGAUCAUUGUUACUAAAAUGGAUGGACAUGCUAAGGGUGGUGGUGCGAUUUCAGCUGUGGCAGCAACACAAACACCGAUCAUGUUUAUCGGUACUGGAGAACACAUUCAUGAUCUUGAACGAUUCAGUCCAGGUCCAUUUAUCAGUAAAGUAUUAGGGAUGGCAGAUGUGGAUGGGUUUCUUGAAAAAAUGCAAGACCUUCAACAGUCUACACCAGCUCAUAAACGUGAAGAGAUGAGAGAAAGAAUGGAACGUGGUGAAUUUACUUUAAGAGAUCUGAGAGAUCAAAUGACCAAUGUUGCCCAGAUGGGCCCUUUGAGUAAAAUUGCUUCUAUGAUUCCAGGUAUGGGUGCGAUGUUUGGAGGAAACGAUGACGAUAUGUCAUCAAAGAUGAAACGAAUGUUAUUCAUCUUCGAUGCCAUGUCACCUAAAGAACUAGAUUCAGAUGGACAACUUUUCCGUGCACCCAAAGCUCAAAAGAAAGACACGAAUGGUAUGGAUGAAGGCGUACCACGUGAACCUCAUCCUAGAAUCUUAAGAAUAGCUAGAGGGAGUGGGACAAGUGUAGAUGAAGUAGAAGCGAUGAUUGCACAACAUGUGAUGGUGGCUACGAUGGUGAAGACAGCAGGUGGGAAACGAAAGUGGGAACAACAGCAAGCUUUGAAGGCUGCACAACAACAAGCUGCUAAAGCUGCUGGUGGUGCUGGUGCUGGAAGAGGUGGAAGAAUUAAGCAACAGCAGGUUACUAUUGAACAACUUGUCAAGAUGAAUCCUGCACAACGUCAACAAGUCUUGCGUCAAGCACCAGCUGCGGUUCGGAAGCAAAUCGAGGAUGCUGGUGGAGUGGAUGCAUUCCAUGCACUUUCACAAGCAGCACAACGAAAUGGAGGGGUAACCAGUUCGGCAGCAUCUCGUGCUCGAAGAGCAGCAGCCGCCGGUGCCGCAGGUGGUCCUGGAGGACUGGCAGGAAUGAUGCCUGGUUUAGGUUCAGGUCAAAUGCCAGAUCCUGAGACUAUGAAAAGAAUGAUGGAACAAAUGGGUAUGGGUAAUUUAGGUGGGAUGUUUGGUGGUAGGGGUUGAAGCAACAGGUUGAGGGUGAGUGUUUAUAUAUCAGGCUGUUUGAAGAGUGUAUUGAAUCAUAUUAUGGAAUGGUCGUGGAAGUAGUUCUGUAAGAUAGAGUGAUCUGAUCUGGUAAGAGGAAAUGGAGAUAAGAGAAGGAUGUAAAGAUAAAAUUUAAACAUU